AUGUUUGAAGGUAAAUUAGAUAGGGAUGAUUUUCAAAGGUGGAGAAACUCGUUAGGAAAAAAGCCGAGAAGAUGUCAAUUUUAUCCGAUCGGAGAAUAUUUGAAGUUCGUCAGAGUCCCAGAAAACCUUCGUGAAGGAUCGGAGAUAUUAUCUUUGGAAGCACAUCCUAGAAAUCGUCUUACUAUUAUUCCAGUAGACAAGGAAGAGGACAGUCGUUUCUUUUCAUACAAAGAUGUGAAUGGGACUCACGUUUCAGUGACGUUGGCACACUCAUUGGAGGAUCUAGUAGAUGCGGAAUCACCUAGAAAUCUGUUAAAGUUCCGGGUCAUCUGUGAUUAUACCGAUGGCAGGGACACCUUGGUAUCAUCGCAUUUAUCGGUCACCGUAUAUAUCGAGGAUAUUAAUGAUCAUGCACCAGAAUUUAUCGAUGCUCCUUAUCAUGUGACAGUGGACGAGCUUACAUCGACCGGUGUGACGAUAUUCCGUGGGAUUCAUGCGACCGACGGAGACAAACCUAAUACACCGAAUAGCGAUAUUCAUUAUGCGAUAGUGAAAGGAAACGAACAGGGAAAAUUUUCUCUUGAAUCUGGACACAGAACAGCGUUGAUACUACGUAAACCAUUGGAUUACGAUAAUGGCGAUCGCGAGUACACGCUCGUGAUCACCGCUACUGAUCGUGGUGUACCACCGAAGAGUAAUAAAACAACGGUUAGGAUAACCGUACUGGAUAACGACGAUCUCGAUCCAAAAUUUACACGGGACGUGUACAAAACGAAAAUAUAUGAGUUUUAUCCAAUGCCGGAUCGGCCAAUUUUCACGGAAAUAAACUUCACGACGGCGAUUCACGCGGUGGAUCGUGAUCACGACAUCAACGUCUCUAUAAGAUAUGACAUAAUAUCAGGAAACGAAGGUGGUUACUUUCAUUUGGACCCGAGGAAUGGCUCGCUUUACUUGAAACGUCCGAUCGAUCUUGACAAAGAACGUAAUUUACCUAAUAACACGUUCGCCCUUCAAAUUCAUGCCUCGCAAAUCGACAAUCCUUUGAAGAUGGCAAUGGCAAGGGUAGAAAUAGAGGUGUUGGAUUUGAACGACAAUCUACCGGAAUUCGAGGUCGACUUAUACAACAUCAGCAUAGUUGAAAAUUUACCGAACGGUUUCAGCGUAUUACAGGUUAUAGCGCGUGACAAGGAUCAAGGAGUGAACGGUGAAUUUGAUUUUCGUUUGUACGAUCCAUCGGGUGCGUUCUCGAUAGAUCCAAGAACGGGUUGGUUAACGGUCAAGGAUCAAAACGUUUUGGAUCGAGAAACUAGAGACCGUUUGAGAAUGAAAGUAUACGCUAUUGAGAAGAGACCAAGCGUUGUUUUCGUCAAUGGAGAAAGGUCUAAUGGUUCGUCGGUAGAUAUUCACGUUAGUUUGUUAGACGCAAACGAUAAUAAUCCGAUCUUCGUGCCUGGAAAUCUUUACGAGUUAGUAGCAAGAGCGGACUCUAAGAUCGGUACUGUACUAGGACAGGUACAUGCGAUCGACGAUGAUCUAGGGACGAAUGGCCAAGUCAAAUAUACUUUACAAAAGCCAGGAAAUUCUAGUACACGUGUCCCACCGUUCCUGGUUGACGAGAAUACUGGAGUUAUUACGCUCGCGGAAACCCCGAUCAUCGAAGGAAGACACGCGAUCUUCGUCGAGGCUGCGGAUCAACCAGCGAAUCCGAGUGAAAGGCGAUUCUCAUUGGCGGUCGUUACAGUGGAUGUUUUCCGUCCUGACGGACCGGAUACUUGGGAACCUGAUUUUGUUGGAGCACCUUACGAGUUUUGGGUCGGUGCCAAUGUGCCCGUCGGUACCAGCGUUGGUCAAAUUCGUAUUAACGAUGCUGUUAAGACGAGCGAUCUUAUCUACGAUCUUCUUCAUAGUUAUCAGGAAGGAGUUCCCUUCGCUGUAGAGGAACGAUCAGGAACGAUAACGGUCGUGGACGAAAUCGAACGAUACGAACGUUCCACUUACGAGUUCGAAGGUGUUGUAACAGACGAAAGGGAUUUCACACUAAUCACGAACGUAUCGAUUCAUGUAGUCGAUCCUAACGACGAGAAAGGUGCCUUAACAAAGGGAGCGACGACAGCACCUCUCGUUUUUCACGUUAAAGAAAAUGUUCCGGGCACGUACAUAGGGUCUGUGUUAUCAGAUAAUGGUACAACUUCCGCGUCCUCUGCUACGAGUUUUCUUAUCGUCAAUCAACAGGACGUGCCUGACAUAAGUAUCACGAAGGACGGUACCCUUUACGCACCCAAUGGGUUUGAUCGAGAGACUCGACAGAAUUAUAGUAUUACUGUGAUAGCCGAAGGUUCUAAAGGGCUUCGUGUCAUUCAAAUAAGAGUAAUCGUCGACGAUGAGAAUGAUCACCCACCAGUUUUUAGCUCGUCUUCUUACGAAGGACGAAUAUUGGAAAACAGUCCCCAUGGAACGGAAGUCGUCAUGGUCAAUCCUAUCGCUGCUACCGACAAAGACGAGGGUAUUAACCAAGAGUUUAUUUUCAGUUUGACCGGAGAAGGUUGUUCCCUAUUCAGAAUCGAUCCUAGGAAUGCUCGAGUGUUCUUUGAGGGUAGCAAAGAGGAGAGUUUGAAUCGAGAGGAAGGAGCAAUCUAUGAUCUUCAAGUGGUCGCCGAGGAUGGGGGUGGUUUGAGAUCAACAGCACGUUUAAAAAUCAUAAUCGAAGAUACGAACGAUAAUCAUCCGAAAUUUAUUCGUAUGAUCGUCCUACCCGAUCAAGGGGUUAAGGUAUCGAAUCAACCGGACGAAGAAUCAAUCGUAACUGGUACGAAUAAAAUCGACGAUUCAACGACGAUCAACGGAAGAAACGAAACGAAACGAGCGAACGAACGGAAAUCACCGUUACUAUUGGUACCAGAGAACGUGACAAUAGGUGCACCUAUAAUACGAUUGUUGGCAGAGGACAAGGACGAAGGAAUUAACGCUGAGAUCAGUUAUAGUAUACAAAACGAGACGAUAUCUGGAGGGAAUUUAAGCAUGAUCGAACAAUCGAAACAGGAUUCGAUAGGUCGAAGAUAUUUUUUGUUGGACUCAAGAACCGCAGAAAUUUCUGUUGCUCGUUCUCUCCCACCGGAAAGGAACGUACGUUUAAUAGUUGUUGCUAAGGACGGUGGUGGUCUUUCAGAUAACAUUACUGUCAGAAUACACGUAGUGGAUGUAAACGAUCAUCCACCUGUCUUUGAUCAAUCCUGGUAUACCUUUGACCUUGCCGAAGGUAUUUACAUGGCUCACACUAUUGGUACGGUCCGUGCUGUGGACAAUGAUUUUGGUGUCAAUGCUAAUGUUAAUUACGAGAUAAUAUCUGGGGGAAUGGACGAAGAGAAUGAUAACGAUAAUUCAACGUGGAUAUUCGACGUUGGUCCACGUGACGGUGUAUUAAGGAUAAAUGGAAAACUCGAUAGAGAAAGGAAACCAGUUCAUCGUUUGGUUCUACUUGCUCGCGACGACGGUUCGCCAGUUUUGAGUUCAACCGUUGAGAUUGAAGUGAACGUUUUGGACGUGAACGAUAAUUCCCCGAGUUUUUAUAAUUACGACGAAUUAGAGAAUGAUGAUCGCGGAAUACCAAUACCGGUCUAUCGUACGUCGAUAUUUGAAAACAGUCCGGUCGGUACUUUCGUAGGGAAGGUUUAUGCGAACGACAGCGACUUCGCAGGGAAUGGAAACGGAUUGAUAUUAUUCGAUCUGGUUAGUCCAGGCCACGAAGAGAAGCAAUACUUUACGAUAGAUAGUAAAGAGGGCUCCAUAACAACGAUUUCCAAUCUCGAUUACGAGAAGAUAAAGAAUCAUCGAUUGAUAGUUACUGCGAGUGAUCUGGGUUCUCCAGUUAGCAUGACAUCUACAGCUGUGGUGACUGUGGAGAUCAUUAACGUAGAUGACGGCGAUGAUAAAGACAACAACAAUAACAACAACAACAACAACAACAACAACAAUAACAAUAAAACCGACGACAAGAACGAUGACGAUGAGGAAAAAGAAAAGAACGAUCAGGAUGAAUCUUUUAACGAGGUCCAAAAGAUCCCAACGUUCAGGCAUCGAUAUUACGAGGUCGAGGUCGAGGAAAAUACAGUCCCACCAAUUUGGAUCGUUGAAUUGGAUUUAGCUGAUGGUUAUCAAAGCGAUCACAUACGGUACAGCAUCGUUGCAGAUGGCACGGAUGCCAGAGAUCACUUUUCUAUCGACUCGAGGAACGGCUCGUUGUAUCUGAUUACGAACGUCGACAGGGAAAUGAGAGAUCGGUAUGAGGCUAAGGUCAGGGUCGAUAGGGUAAAGCUCGGUCGUGGGAUGCCCGUGAUGAUCUAUCCGGUCGUUGGUGAGAGGCUCAAUGGUCUCGCGCCCAACGAGGCCAGGGUCGUCGUCAGGAUCAAGGACACCAACGACAAUGCGCCGAGAUUUAAGUCAAAGGGAAGACCCAUCCUCGCUGCUAUACCCACAACUGCCCACUACGGUUACGAGGUCGUUAAAGUAGAGGCGGAUGAUCCGGACGAUGGUAUAAACGGUGAGAUACGUUAUCAAAUUCUUGGACGAGAAGAUGCACCGAGAUUCGCCAUUGACCCAUUGAGCGGUCAAGUUCGUUCUGUGGCCAGUUUUACUCGUGACGCUGGUCGCGUCUUUGGCUUCGACGUCAAGGCCACGGAUAGACGGGGCGCCGAGAAUGGACGUAGCGGCAUUGCCAAUGUUUUUGUUUACGUACUUGACGAUCAAAAACAAGUGGUCAUGGUUGUUGGACAAAAACCUAUCGAUAUCGAACCGCAUUUGGAUAAUUUUACUGCAACUCUGCACAAUAUAACGGGCCUCGACGUACGUGUCAGGAAGCUUGAGCCGCAUAUUGAAAAGAACCUGAUCGACACCACUUCUACCGACGUCUACCUCUACGCUAUUGAUCCACAUCUGAAUGUAAUGAUCGACAUGGAUACAUUGCAUAACAUUUUUCACAAUAAGAAGAUGGACAUAAAACGUGAACUGGACGAGUAUCAUGUACUCGAGAUCGCUGGUAAUGCACCAAGAAGAAAUCAUCGUUACAUGCUUUCCACACUGGAAGUUGGUGUGGUCGUACUUGGAUGUGUCGUCUUCGUUGGUGCUCUAAUAACAGCAAUCUGCGUCACCUGCGUUCGUAGGAACAAACGCCGUAGACGCCGGGAGAAGGCCAUGUUCUCCAGCGGUGGUCCACUUGGCUUUGCUUUGGCAGACUCGACAUUGCAGAAACCACCGCUAUUUCCAACCUUCGUCGAUGGCCUUCGUUACGACCCAGAACCCUUUUGUACUGAAAUGCCGAGGCGACAGAGUAUCUGCGAUCAUGGACCCGGCUGCGUACGCUUUCACACGAUGGGUGGAAGUAGUGGAAAACAUGGUGUGAGGACGACAGGUAAUACGAAAGGACUCGAGGCAUCUGCAACGUCCUUGCAUUCCAGUGGCCAGGACUCUGGAAUCGUAGCACGAGCCUCUUGUCACUGCAGUCACUCCUCGAGUCCUUCCAGCGGUGAAAGUAGCAAUGGUUACGAGGAUUCGUUGAAAUCGUUGCAACGUCGUGAAAGAAGCAACGACCUGUCGCGCGGUAGUCACGAAACAUCAAGCGUCGUUGGUAGAAGAGCGAAUCAAGCGAUGACGAGAAGACGACAACGUUUCAAUUCCUUCAGCAAUCUCGAAUCUAUGUAUUCGCACGAGAUGACUUUGCAAAGGGAUCAACGUUGUUGCGUUACCGAGAAAAGACGGAAGAACGAUGGCCGUGGACACGAGCAUAGGAGAGCACAUUCCGAAGCUGAGAACAACAUCACUGAAACUGUGAUUCACGAGCAUCCUGGUAUGGAACUACCAUUAGCGAGCUCUUUACCAAAUGCUUCGAGUUUGCACAGUGCAACGAGAACCAGCCAUAUGUUGUAUUAGAAGUCCCUGCGGUUUUUCACGACGAUUAGGCGAAUCUGCGAUGGAAGAGGAAGAGGAAGAGGGGAGAAAUAACGGUAGUUGAAGAGUACGAUCACGUUCCUCCUUGUAUUCUCUGUCUCUCUCUCUGUCUCUCUCUCUUUUCUCCUUCCUCUUCUGUCUCUCUCUCUCUCCCUCUUCCUGUCUUGUUCGCCAACACGCGGAGUUUCCAACUGCAACGGGUCAUAAUGCUAAUUCGAAUGGAAUCUUCACGAGCGAUAUGCCGUUAGGUAAUGCAAGUAGUAUUGCGAGUUAAGUGAGAAUAUUUAAACGUGAAUAGUAUUUUUAAAGUCCGAGAGACAAGGAAAAGCACGAUUCUAAACGUCAGAAUAUUGCUAGCAGCGUUUAUUAUUAU